UGUACUCUGAACCUUAAACCCACAAUGGAGUCUACAGAAGGGAAUGACUUUGACUAUCAACUGCAGGCAGAGCAGCAAUACGGCAGCAGCAUUGCAGCUCAGCAGCUCACAACAGGGACCACUUAUACAGACCCUCAAGAUGGCACCAUCUACGAGUGGGAUGCACAAAAAAAAGGCUGGUUUCCUAAGAUUGACGACAACUUCCUAGCCUCGUAUCAAGCUAGUUACGGAAUCAACACUGAGAGCACAGCGACCGAAACAAGUGAAAAAGAACAGACUACCACCUCUGAGGAAGCCCCUCCCCCUGCUACUGCCGACCCCUCACUGACACCUGGGACCAGUACUGACCAAUCAAGUCUGGAGGAACCCGGUCAGAAGAAGAAGAAACCAAAUGAAAAGGAAACCCCGAGUUGGUUUGAGAUUGAUGAGCAACGCAACUCCAAUGUCUAUGUCUCCGGACUACCCACUGACAUCACAGAAGAGGAGUUUGCCAAGCUCAUGUCCAAGUACGGUAUCGUCAUGGAGACCGAGGAAGGCACUCCCAAGCUGAAGCUUUACAGGGAUAAAGAUGGCCACCUGAAGGGAGACGCGCUCUGCUGCUAUCUCAAGGUUGAGUCGGUGAAGCUGGCUAUUCAGUUGCUUAACGACAGUAUGUACAGAGAUCAUAAGAUCAGGGUGGAUAAGGCUCAGUUUCAAAUGAAGGGUACCUAUGAUCCGUCUCUGAAGAAAAAGAAAAAGAACAUUAAAAAGAAAGGGAAACAGCAACAAAAGAUGCUCGAUUGGAGAGAACGGAAGAAAGAUGGCCUGAUAAGAAACAAGUGUGAGAGGAUUGUCAUCUUCAAGAGAUUAUUUGACCCCAAAGAAUUUGAAGAAGACCCCACCCUCAUCACUGAUAUCCGCUCUGACUUGAGGGAGGAGUGUGAAAAGUUUGGAAUUGUUAAAAAGAUCAUGGUCUUUGAUAGACAUCCUGAUGGAGUGGUGUCGAUGGCCUUCAAGGAUUUCGAGGCUGCAGACUUGUGUGUUACUAAGAUGAACAAUCGUUGGUAUGCAGGGAAGCAGCUGGAGGUGGCUCACUGGGACGGCCUCAUGGACUUUCAGGUGGAGGAGACGGACAAGGAGAGAGAGGAGAGGAUCUCUAACUGGGAGAAGUUCCUAGAGGUUGGGGAGGUCAAGGUGCAGGAAGUCAAGGUUGAAGAGACUUUCUAAUGUGAUCGAGUUGCCAUGGACACAGUGACUCCUCAAACUGUACAAUCUCAUGCACUGUGGAUGUAUCAUUAUAAUAGCAGCUGCUGAUUACAUUAAUUGGUGUGCGAGUCUUAUAUAAUUGAUCAUUCUUUUUACACAGUAUAAGUAGUAAUUAUAGAUCUAUGUCAAUUGUA